AUGUCAUCAUCUCGUCGACCCUCCCACCAAACCCACCUCAAGGAGGCUAAAGACCUGGAAGAACAACUCUCCAGGAAGACACAAGAGGCAUUGCGUCAGAAGAAAGAUUAUGAAGCUGAACUUGCGAAGAAGGACGCUGAGAUCAAGACUCUGAAGGAAGAGAUCUUAGUGCUGCAGAUUGAAAAUGCGGUCUCUGAGCGAGGCAAUCAAGGAGAUUGCCGAUACCCCUGCUGCGCUAUACGGCAAAAGACUAGGAUGAUCAGGUUCAGAUUCGGGCUCAGACUCAGGUUGUGA